AAGGAACAGGUGUCUUCUCCCUGCAGUCAGCUGGGCCCCUCCUCCUCCCCCAGCUUCACACCCUGCCUGUUGAGUCACAGGCCAGUGCACACCUGAGUCCUCAUACCUGCCUGGCCACUGGUACCAGCCCGAGUGUUUGGUGAGGCCAUACUUGUUGAUCCUCCCAGAAAAGUGGUGGGGUCCAGCCACCCUCACCCUCCGCGUGGUAGAUCAGAUCAGCUCCUGCACAGGCCAGGCUGGAUGUGGCCUUGGCAGGGUCUCACCACAACAGGCACAGGCCCCUUUGUGAGUAGCAGACCAGCCACCGGGAAGCUGGGAGCGGGCCCCCCUCCCCCCGCGUCUGCAUGCUGAAGAAGAUGGGUGAGGCCGUGGCCAGAGUUGCCAGGAAGGUCAACGAGACAGUGGAGAGCGGCUCGGACACCCUGGACCUGGCCGAGUGCAAGCUGGUUUCCUUCCCCAUUGGCAUCUACAAGGUCCUACGCAAUGUCUCCGACCAGAUCCACCUCAUCACGCUGGCUAACAAUGAACUCAAGUCCCUCACCAGCAAGUUCAUGACCACGUUCAGUCAGCUGCGAGAACUCCGCCUAGAAGGGAAUUUCCUCCAUCGCCUCCCCAACGAGGUCGCCGGCCUGCAGCACCUCAAGGCCAUCGAUCUGUCCCGGAACCAGUUCCAAGACUUCCCUGAGCAGCUUACCACCCUCCCGGCCCUGGAGACCAUCAACCUGGAGGAGAACGAGAUUGUGGAUGUGCCCGUGGAGAAGCUGGCCGCCAUGCCAGCCUUGCGCCUCGUCAACCUCCGCCUCAACCCGCUGGCCGCCGAGGUGCGCGUGAUCGCCCCGCCGCUCAUCAACUUUGACCUACUCAUGUCUCCCGAGGGUGCGCGGGCCCCUCCACUUUAGACCGGUCUCCUCGCGCCCACCGGGCAGGGGACAGAGGCCGCUAGCCUGGCACUCUUGAGAGCAGCGAUGCCCAUGGGAGGCCAAGUGUGGGGGAGUGGGGUGGGGUGGGCAGAAUGGUGUGCAGUUGGCAGGGUGCAGCCAAGCCGGGACAGAUAGCUUAGCACAGUAGUGGGCCCUGGAAUGCCCACAGGGAGGAGGCAGGCCAGGGCUGUGGGCGCUCACGGCUGCCCUCUGGAAAGAGGGACAGCGGCGGAGAGUCGUCAUCACCGGCGUGGGGCUCCUCCUCCCACGUCUCGCCUCCGCAGGGUCAGGCUCUCCGCGGGCCUGAGAGGAGCCUUCCCUGUCGGGCACCUUCCGGGGCUCUGCAGGCUUGAGGCCUUGUUUGUAGUGCUCAGAGCCAGCUGCUGCCCUGAGACGGCUGGAAGACGGCCUCCAGCCAUUCCUUCCUGGAGACUGACCGGCGUGAACCUGGAUAAGGUGCUUACAGCACUCCGCCGUGGCCACAGGAGUCCCCAGACCGGCAGGAACCCGAACGAGUUCUGGGCAUGCCUGGAGCAUGCGGUGUGGUCCUGGGGCAGGGCAGGCGUGUUCAUGAAGGAGCCCAAGGACCGCCAGGCCAGGCCAAGCUCUGAGGCACAGCUCAAGGCAGCUCUGUCCUUCCUCGUGACAAAGGCACCGGCGCGUAGGACGUUCUGGGCACCGCGUCCCUCCCUGGAAGUGGCCAGGUGUUUCCAGUCAUCACCCCCAGGGCUGUAGCGAGGCGACCCAAAAGACAAAGCCCUCUGUGUCUGAGACUGUGGCCUGAGGGAAUUAGGUGGCCUCCCUCACUCUAGCCUUCCUGUGGCUGCCUUGUCGUGGCCCCUGGGGACAGAAGACACACUGCCUAUGUAACCGGCCAGCUCCAAGACCACCACCCAAAUCCCAGAUGACCUGGCCAUUCGGAGGCCCAGAGGGUGGCCAAGCGAGAGGGUGUCAAGCCCUCCCAGGGCACCUAGGACAGAGCCAUUUCCCAGGAUGUAUGACUUUCAGAGCUAGCACGGCGGCGGUCCAGGGAGGUCCCCUCCCGUGAAGAUGCUGGACUCUCACUUCCUGGUUAAGGAACCCUUCACCGCGUGCUUUCAGGAAUCUACCUCCCGCCCCGCCCGUGCCCCUCUGCACCUCUGUGCACCUCUGUGCAGGCGGCCGAAGGCCUGGGGCAUGGAGAGAGAUGGGCAACUUCUACUCCCCGAGGGCUGGCGGUUCAGAGCUCAGCGCAGAAGCCUGUCUCAGAGUAUACACCCGGCUCCUUCUGGGGUUCCCGUCUUUCGGCAAGGAGCCCACAGCGUGGGCCGCCAUCGGACAGUCACUCUGGGCUCAGUGCUGCAAGACAGACCUUCCCUACUUAUACCCCAAGGCCCAGGUGAGACGACUUCCAGAUGAGGAGAUCAAUACAGGGUCUCCAGGACUCCUGAGUCCAGCUGUGGCCACAGCGGCCAAGUGGAGAGCUGAGGCGCAGUCCAUGUGGGGCUGACUCCUCCAGUCCUGCGUUCCUGGGUGGGUGGGACAAGGUUCGCCUUGUUGAGCAUGUGAGAGACAUGGCAUGGCCGGAGCCUUGGGCUGCGUGGUCUGGGCAGGAGCACAGUGCCACCUUGUUAGAAGUGUGAGGUCUCAGCCGGGUGUGGGGGCACACACACCUGUGAUCCCAGCACUUGGAAGGUGGCUGUAGGAGGGCCAUCCUCGGCUGCAUAGCCAGUUAAGGCCAGCCUUGGCACCCCGCCUCAGUAAAGAAAACAGAAGAAAUGCGGCCUCAGGCUCCGCCCUGGCUUUCUGAGCCACAAGCUGGAUUUUUAACAAAUUCGCCACUGAUUCCUCCAGGAACAUACCAUUUGAGAAGAGGGGGCCCUAGAAUGACCUCAGCAUGUCUUCAGAGGUGGAGUGGGGGGUGAGGGACCCCAUUUCUCCCUGCCAUGGAUCUGAGUGUGUGCUCAGCCUCCUCUUAACUCAGCUGUGGGAGACCCUUGGCCUCUUAGAUCUUUCCAGAGUUUUCUUGACACUCCCAAGGAAGAGUGGGCAUGGUCAUCGGGAGAUGAGGAUUGCGUGUGCCUGGCGCUCGGAUCUGCCUCUCUGUGUGCCAGCCCUGUGUGCCACGCUGCCUACUGCCCCAGGGCCUGGCCUCAGGUGCUUUGAAGGUGUUCUCUCUACUUGGCCAGGACAGUGUGCCCUGGCCUGUCUGGGCAAGCUUGGAAACUUCCUAAUCCAGGCUCACAGAAUUGCUUCAGUCCGCAAUAAAGCAUGAAUGUGUUCGUCUCA